AUUGUGCAAUCCUUCCAGCAACCAAUCCCAUCAAUACCACAAAAAUUUUACCCAUAAAAUUCUACUUAUAAAAAAAAUAUUUGUAAAGACCUUUACCGUUAGGUUUUCUUUUCUAACAAAGAAAAAGAGAAGGUAAAAGAGAGAAACGUUUAGGAGAGAGGGGGAAAAAAAGAAGAGAAUUGGAUUUAAAAGAGAUUAUACAGACUGACUAAAACUUGAGAAAAUGUAUGUUAUUUUAAUAUUCUAAAUAAAUUAAGCAAAAAAAAAGGUUGAUUUUUUUUUCUAUUUUAGAAGAAAAUUAUUAAAAAUUAAUAAUAAAAUUUCAAUUAAAAUUAUUAUUAAAUUACAAUGUUUGAAACUUGGAAAAUUUUCAUUAUUCAAGUAUUAUUAACUUCAGGUACGUAUCUUAUAUUCAAUGCAAUAAACCCAAAAAAAACAAGAAAAAAACCAUGUCAAUUAAAUUUUAAUUAAAUAGGAAAUAUCUAAACAUUCUGUAUCUUUUCCUACCAUCUUCUCAACCAUUCUAAAAGAAAUUAUUUAGAAAUAGGAUCAUGGAAGUUCUCUUAGAAAAUCAUCGUUACUAUAACUAUUAUUAUUAUUAUUAUUCUUGUUAUCAGUACAUAUAUACAGUAUAUAUAUAUAUAUAUUAAUAUUGUUUAUGCAUCAUCUUUUCUUUAUUCAGUUUAAACACUAAAAUACAUACAUUUACAUUUAUUUAUUAUUAUUCUUAAUACAAUAUUUCUAUAGGUGAAAGACUUGUCUGGCACUGCGAUUUUGAUGAUAGUGUUUGUCAAUAUUCGAAUACUGAACUUGGCAAAUACAACCUUUUCCAAUUUCGUCGAUUAUCUGAUUUAAUACCAGAUCAUAGUUCCAUAAAUGGUUCUCUUUUUUUUAACCAGUGUUUUUAUUUUUAAUUAGUGACAACAUUUAAUCUUUAUACAAACAAUUUUCUAGUUAUUCUCUUUAAUAAUAAUCGCAGGUUCGUACAUGUUCGCUGAAGUUAAUCCUUAUGAGAGGGAAGCGUAUCUUAUAUCACCUGAUCUUUCAUUUCUGGAUAAGAUUAAGAUUAAUGGAAUAUGCCUAGAAUUCUACACUCAUAUAGAUUUUCCCCACUUCUUAAAAGUUUACUUAGCUUUUAAAUCAAGGAUAAUUAUUUUUAUUGCUGAGAGAGGGAAAAGAAUAACUGGGGGUGUGGCUAUUGAUGACAUAAGAAUAAUUGAAUGUCAAGUUGCCAAUGAAACUGCUGCAACGCCUUCUAAAAAUGAAGAAAAAAACUCCAAAACAUUACUCGAAUGUUCAUUCGAUACCGAUCUUUGUUUUUACGAACAAUCAUCAACUGACGAAUUUAAAUGGUUUGUUGGAGAGCAUACUCUAACGCCUGAAACUGGUCCGCAAACUGCUCUUAGUGGAAGUUUCAUUUAUGUUGAAGCAUCAAAAGGAGACGAAGGAAAUGAAGCAUAUCUAAAAUCGCCUAUAGUAAUAAUAAAUCAAACGGUUUGCAUAGUUUUCUUUUAUCAUAUGUAUGGCAUGGACGUUGGAAAUUUAAUAGCAAAUUUAAUUAUUAACGAUGAGAUGAAUGGUGAAGAAAACAUAUCUAAUUUUAGACACGUACUUGUAAAUUCCAAACAUAAUCUUGGCGACAUAUGGAAUGAAUUUCGAUUCAACUUUCCGAAGAAAUAUAUGAACAAAAAAGUUCAGUUAGAAUUUAUAGCUAUAAGAGGUUCUGGUAUAGAAGGAGAUAUCGCCAUAGACGAAAUAACACUGUUAGAUGGUAAAUUCAUUUACGCCGAAGCAUCAAUGGGUAGCUGGAAUGAUAAGACAUUUUUACAGUCUGUGAAAGUGAAAUUUACUAAAGACUACUGCCUGUCAUUCUAUUAUCAGAUGUAUGGAAAAGAUAUGGGAAGUUUAGAUAUUUAUUUGUUAAUCUAUAACUCAAAUGGUACAGUUAUUACAAAUAAAAUAGAUGUAUUGAAAAAAGUUGAUAGCCUUGGUCUAUUAUGGAGGUUGAAAACAUUUAAUAUUCCUGAGAAAGUGUGGCAAAAACCUGUUCAACUAAUAUUUAAAGCCAUUAAAGGAUUCGGUGUUGAAAGUGAUGUAGCAAUUGAUGAAAUACAAUUAACAAACGGAAAAUGCUUGAAAAAUUAUAAUCCUAUUGCCCUACAAUGUUCCUUUGAACAAGGCUCUUGUCAAUACGAGAUUGUAUCGGAUAGUUCGUUUACAUGGUACGUUUCCGGUGCUUUUUCGAAAACGUUCGAAACUGGACCAAAUACUAAAUUCUCAGGAAACUAUCUAUAUACGGAGUCUUCUAAAGGUAACGAAGCUUCUAAAACCUAUCUAAAAUCACCAAGAAUCACUUUUGAAACUACUACUUGUGUGUCGUUUUAUUAUAAUAUGAACGGAAGAGAAAUGGGAAGAUUAAAUGUUUCAUUCGUGACAUUUUCUAAAAAUGGUAAUGAAAUAUUAGAGGAGAAUAAAAUUCUAGAAGAGUCAAGCAACUUAGGUGAUGUUUGGAAUAAAAUGAAUUAUCAAAUACCCCAAAAAAGCCUCUAUAGACCUUCUCAAAUUAUCUUUCAAGCCACAAGAGGCAAUGGUUUUAAAAGUGAUAUUGCUAUAGACGAAAUUAAAGUAACCGAUGGAAAAUGUAUUGAUAUUGAAGGGGCUACUUAUUUGGAAUGUUCCUUCGAUUUUUCAUUUUGUAACUAUAUAGAACAGAAUAAUUCUAGUUUUUCCUGGUUGAUUGGAACGUACACACUGAGCUCUCAAACAGGACCGCAGUAUAACUUAAUAGGUCCAUUUGCCUACGUAGAAGCGUCAAAGGGUAAAACCAACGAUCGAGCAGCUCUCUCUUCAAAAAUCGUAAAAUUUAUUAAAACGACAUGCGUAUCGUUUAAUUUUCAUAUGUACGGAAAAGAUAUGGGAAGAUUAAUUGUGAUUAUAAGACUGUUCAAAUCAACUGAGAAGAAAGAAUAUGAAAAAGUCUCCGAUGCAAUUAUAUUAAAUGAAACAAGGAAUUUGGGUAAUAUAUGGAACUUUGUAAAUUACGAAAUAAAUGGGGACUAUUUACUAAAGCCAGUUCAACUAAUAUUUGAAGCAUAUAAAGGACACGGAUUCAGAAGCGAUAUUGCUAUUGAUGAAAUUCAUCUUUCAGAAAGAUCUUGCAACUAA